ACAGGAUGGCAGGCAGGCGGUUCCGCUAUCUGCUGCCUGACAACACCGGGACGCUGCUGGGGCCAAGUGCUAGAUUUUCUGCAUUGCUUUGACACUUAUCUAUCUUUCUAGGAGCCCACAAUGUUGCCGGACAAUGAAGUUUGCCUGGAGUUUAAAGAAUAGCUUCGGGACAUGAAGUUUAACAGGCUAACGGUAGAUUCCUCCAGCAGCUAGCAGCUUCUUUUAUAUGAUCAUAAUUAGCUCACCAGAGACAGGAGGCUUCACUCUUUUAGUUUUUCCCGUAAAUAAAGGACACGGUGAGAGUUACCAGUGUUGUUUUUUUGUUCUUGUUUGGUCAAGAUAGCAAUGCGGACGACAUUGUUUGUGGUCAGCUCCCUGGCUUCGGAUUACUGCACUCCAUGGAGCUUCUGCGGCGUCACUCAUCGCGUUCCCCACAAUGACUGACCGUGAUGGAAAUGUCAAGGUUCAGCUGGGCCAGAUGAAAUCACUAGGCGAGGAUGCAGGGAAGGAGGAAACGGAUCCAGAGGAGGAGAUGCCCGCUUCUUCUCCCUCUGCUUCACCAGACCCAUCCAGCUGCAUCACCUCCACAGGGACGGAUGCGUCUGUUUGCAAACAGAGGGGGGAAAAAAGCAGCAAGGAUUCCAGUGGAAAGCCUUUGCAGGGGGUUGCAGUUCCUGCGUAUGCUGUAAAGAACUUUAACAGCCCUGUUUGCGAGCAAACACUGCAUAUCAAGGGGACAGGGAAGAUCCUGCAGGGGAAGUCUCAGAGUAACGGGAACUAUUUAGGCCUCCAUGAAUCCAGGAACACACAGGAAACACGCUGCGAGGAUGGAUGCAAGCUUCCCAGGAAGAGAAGACCUGUGACGGUGGAUACAUCUAAAGCCAAAACCUCCCUGGAAGCCCUGAAGAUUAGCAUCAAGGAGCUGAAGUGGAAAGAGUUUCCUUUGGGGAGACGUGCAGCCUGCGAUAUCUACUGGCACGGUGUUUCCUUCCAUGACAACGAAAACAUUGUGUCAGGACAAGUCAACAAGUUUCCAGGAAUGGUAGAAAUGCUGAGGAAGAUCAACUUGAGUAGAGCGGUGCGUACUAUGCAAGAUCUCUUCCCAGAGGAAUACGACUUCUAUCCGCGUUCCUGGAUCCUGCCCGAGGAAUACCAGCAGUUUUCUGCCCAGAUCCGCAUGGCGAAGGAGAGUGAUACCUCAGUAAGCCCAACUUUUAUUGUUAAGCCAGACGGGGGCUCUCAGGGGGACGGCAUCUACCUCAUCAGAGACCCCAGCGAUCUAAAGCUCAUGGUGGGUUCGCAGCCCAAACAGGCCGUAGUUCAGGAAUACAUCAAUAAACCACUGCUCAUCGACAAGCUGAAAUUCGACAUCCGCCUAUAUGUGCUGAUAAAAUCCCUGGAGCCUCUUGAGAUCUACAUCGCCAAAGAAGGCCUGACACGUUUCUGCACUGAACCUUACCAGGAGCCAUGUCAGAAAAACUUGACCCAUGUCUUCAUGCACCUGACCAACUACUCACUCAAUGUCCACAGCGGUAACUUUGUGCACUCCGACAGCCAGAGCACAGGCAGCAAGCGUACGCUUUCCAGCGUGCUCUACAGGCUGGCAGUUAAAGGCGUGGAUAUCAAGCGGGUCUGGUCAGACAUCAUCGCUCUCGUUAUCAAGUCCGUCAUCGCUGUGGUGCCUGAGCUUAAAGUCUACUACCAGGCUGAUAUUCCACCUGGGAAACCAGGACCCACAUGUUUCCAGAUACUAGGUUUUGACAUCCUUCUGAUGAAGAACCUGAAGCCGGUAUUAUUAGAGGUCAACUCCAACCCCAGCAUGCGAAUAGAACACGAGCAGGAAGUGGCGCCGGGAGUUUUCCAGUACGUUCCCAGUCCGGUGGACGAACAGGUGAAAGUGGGGGUGAUCAGGGACACGCUGCGCCUCAUGGAUCCCUGUAACAAGAAAUCAACGGCGUCUUCCCAACCAAAGGCAAGUGGGUCUUCUCAAGGGGAAGAGAUCCAAGUGGACGGGGAACAACAAGGGAGGUGUCCAGAUAAUUCUGGGAAUCUGCCUCCUCUCUGCUUGAAGCAAGUCUAUCCCAAAUACACCAAACAGUUCAACCACCUGCGGUUGGUGGAGCGCAUUGCUGCUCUCUUCAUACGCUUCCUCGGGGUAAAGGGCAACAUGCGCCUUGGUCCCACUGCCUUCCGAACAUUCAUCAGGACUUGUAAACUAAGCAACAGCAACUUUACCAUGGCCUCAGUGGACAUCCUGUAUAUAGAUAUAACCCGUCGAUGGUCAUGUGCCCUGCCUGAUUCCCGAGAAGCAGGGAUGGGACUGCAAGCAUUCCUGGAAGCCUUUUUCUACCUGGCAGCCCGAAGAUUCAAAUCCCUAAUGCUGAGGGAGCAGGUAGUGUCCCUGCUGGAGCUGUGCGAGGCUCACCUCGGGCCCCAGUCUGGCUCAGAAGACAGGCGCUCGUUGAGCUGCAGCAGGGUGAUGCCGCGAGUCAUCAAAACUCAGACGCUGUGUCUCUCCAACCCCCAGCUCAACUCUCCAGCCGCUCAGCGAAGAGCCAUGAGCCAGGACUGCCGACCGCAUCAAAGACUGAAGCCUCGCACGCUCAGGGCGAACGUGGAGAACUGAUGAGCGGGGAACUAGCUGUCCAAACCCUGCUGCAUUGCCUUGAACUCUCUCCACAGGAAGCAGGGGAGAUUAAGGGUCCAUUUCUCCUCUGCAGCUCCUGAGAAGGGCUAGCUUGACCCCUGCUGGCUGACUUGUCGUAGAACUGCUCUCUACCCGAUUGCUUUUUUUCUUUUUUUCCCCUCUAAGGAGGAAGAUGGCCUCAGGGGGGACUGAAAUGGUAAUGGAGGCUGGUGGAUUCCUUCCUCUCCUCCUGGUGGGAUCAUUCGUUAACAGUGGUCCUGUCGGGAGGAGGAUAUGGCUGCUUUUUAUGCACUGAUUGAUUCUAGAGGGCAGCUACUUGCUUCCCUUCUUUUAUCUGGCUAAAUCUCUGAAACCUUUUAUUCAGGGAUUAUCUUUGUCAGUUAAUUCACACUAAUCACAAAUAAACAAGUCGGUGUAAGGGAGCAUCCUAAGUGUAUUAUACACCUGCAUCUCAACUAUUCACAAUAUCUUCAAACAGGACAUUUAUUUGUAUAUUUAGAUCUAUUGCACAUAACUUCCAGGAUGUCUGCUAACUAUGACGCUAAUAGAUUGUAGUUAAUAAAAUCCCAAACCUAAGAUUAUCGGAAAAUGUCUUUUUCCUGUUGCAUAAAUUAAUCAGUGCUGCAAUCCACAAAUUUUUAUUCUAAAACAGCCUUACUUCACUUACUUCAUCCAGCUAAUAAUGUUGUUUGCAUCUGUUUUACUAUUUUCCUCUUGCUAAAUGUUGAUAUUUCAACAGCCUUUAUUGUUCCUUUGUGGGAAAAUGGAGCAAAAAA